AUAUUUGUUAGGACCCACGAUAACUUUCUUUCGAGUGGCUCCGCUUCACCCUCUGAAUUUUUCUGACAGAGAAAUUGUUUGAAAUUGUUUGAAGAUGGAAGAAAGUGCAUUGAGGGCCAUGGACGCUGAGCAACUGAGAGAGCACGCUCACAAGAUGGUCGAUUUCAUUUCCGAUUACUACAAAACCAUUCAAAACUUCCCCGUUCUCAGCCAAGUCCAGCCAGGUUAUCUGGGGAACCUUUUACCAGAUUCUGCUCCCGAGUAUCCUGACUCCUUGCAAAAUGUUUUGGACGAUGUAAAGGAGAAAAUACUACCAGGGGUGACGCAUUGGCAAAGCCCGAAUUAUUUUGCGUAUUUUCCUUCCAACAGUAGCAUUGCUGGGUUUCUUGGAGAGAUGCUCAGUGCGGGUCUUAACAUUGUGGGUUUCAGCUGGAUAACUUCUCCUGCUGCCACUGAACUUGAAAGCAUUGUUCUUGACUGGCUGGCUAAGGCGUUUCAGUUGCCUGAAGAAUUCUAUUCUACCGGGAAAGGUGGUGGAGUUAUACAGGGAACAGCAAGUGAAGCUGUACUAGUUGUCCUAUUAGCAGCACGUGACAAGAUCUUAAGAAGGCUUGGAAGGAGUGCCCUUCCUAAGCUUGUGAUGUAUGCAUCUGAUCAAACACACUCUGCUUUACGAAAAGCUUGCCAGAUAGCAGGACUUAAUCCUGAGCUUUGCAAGUUGCUUAAAGCUGAUUCUUCAACAAAUUAUGCACUCUCUCCUGAAGUUCUUUCUGAAGCAAUUUCAAAUGACAUUGCUGGCGGUCUUGUACCCUUUUUCUUAUGUGCUACUGUUGGCACCACUUCGUCAACAGCUAUUGAUCCACUGCCUGCAUUGGGAAAAAUUGCCAAGACCAACAAUCUUUGGUUUCACGUGGAUGCUGCUUAUGCUGGCAGUGCUUGUAUAUGUCCAGAGUACCGCCACUGCUUUGACGGUAUUGAAGAAACAGACUCGUUUAACAUGAAUGCACAUAAAUGGUUCCUCACUAACUUUGACUGUUCAGUACUUUGGGUUAAGGACAGAAGUUUUCUGAUUCAAUCACUGUCUACAAAUCCUGAAUUUCUGAAAAACAAGGCCUCUGAAGGAAACACGGUCAUAGAUUACAAAGAUUGGCAAAUUCCUCUUGGGCGUCGCUUUAGAUCAUUAAAAUUGUGGAUGGUGUUGCGACUUUAUGGUUUGGAAGGUCUGCGAAGCCACGUAAGAAACCACAUUGAGUUAGCUGCUUAUUUUGAAGAGCUUGUUAAUCAGGACACAAGAUUCAAGGUGGUUGCACCUCGCACAUUCUCCUUAGUUUGCUUUCGGCUAUUGCCCCCUCUCAAUUCUGAAGAUCAUGGUAAUAAACUAAAUAGUGAUCUACUGGACUCAGUAAAUUCAACAGGAAAUAUUUUCAUAUCACACACGGUUCUAUCAGGUGAGUACAUUCUACGUUUUGCAGUAGGAGCACCAUUGACAGAAAGGAGGCAUGUCACUACUGCGUGGCAGAUUUUCCAAGAUAAAGCCACUGCUCUACUCGAGAGUUUACAGGAUUAAUAAUAUGCUCUCAGCCUCGAGUUUCCCGAUACAACAUUAAUUUGUGAUUUUUUUCCUUUAUUUUUGAUUCCUUUUUUUUUUUUUAAAUUGUCAUGUGCUGAGCUGUAAACUUGGUAGAUAUUUCAUUUUUUUUUAAGCAGCAAUGUUAUUUUUUUGUUAAUA